ACAUUUUUUGUUGACAUUUCUAUCUUUGAGGUUAGAAUAAAAACGUCAUUAAUAUUUAUUUGACUGUUAAUAUAAUUAAAUAUCUUAUAAAAUAGUUAAAGAUGACGAGACAUGCAAGAAAUUGUACUGCGGGUGCUGUUUACACAUAUCACGAAAAGAAAAAAGACGCUGCUGCUUCUGGUUAUGGAACAAAUAAGCAAAGGUUAGGUAAAGACUCCGUAAAAGAUUUCGAUUGUUGUUCGUUGUCUUUACAACCUUGCCGAAAUCCAGUUAUAACGAAAGAUGGAAUAUUAUUUGAUAAGGAAGUAAUUUUGCAGUACAUGGUAACAAAAAAAGUUGAUUAUUGCCGUAAAGUUAAGGAGUAUGAAAGAUUGAGUAAAAAAGAAGAAGAAGAAAAUGCAGAGUUGAAUUUAGCCGAAACAACUAAUAAAAUUAAUAAAUUUUUAAAAACGGAAAAUAAUAUAGUUAGUAAACCCAUUGAUCCAUUUAAACCAGAUGAAGCACCAUCAACGUCCAUCUCAAAUAUGACUGAUGGUCGUGAUAAAGUUUUACCAAGUUUUUGGGUUCCAUCAGAAACACCAUCGGCUAAAAAAAGCAAAUUAGAAAAACCUAAAAACAUUGUGCUGUGUCCAAUAUCUGGAAAACCAUUAAAGUCAAAGGAUUUAAUAGACGUCAAAUUUACAUCAGUUAAAGAUCCCAGCGAUAAAAAAUCAUUAAUAAUUAAACAAAAUCGUUAUAUGUGUGCUGUUACUCACGACAUUUUAAGCAAUUCUGUACCAUGUGCAGUUUUAAAACCAACCGGUGAUGUUGUUACAUUAGAAUGUGUCGAAAAAAUUAUUAAAAAGGACUGGAUUCAUCCUUUAACAAACCAAAAAUUAAAUGAAAAAGAUAUUAUCAUCUUUCAAAGAGGUGGUACUGGAUAUGCAGAAACUAAUGAAAAUCUUCAAGGAAAAUGCGAAAGACCAGCUUUACAAGCAUAAAGUUUUCUAAAAUAGUUUUUUAUUUAUCACAAAAAAAAUUAAUUUAAAAAGAAAGAUAAAAUCGAAAGCUGGACCAAUCUCAUUGGAGAUUUAAGCAAUCAUUUCCAUCUUUCUUAACAAAAAUAAUCUUUAGAAUUUAAAACUAUUUGAAACUGUAAUAAUAUAAAUGUAAUUAAAAAAAUAAAAUAUUAGAAAUAACUUUUAACAAUAAAUUUAAACAAAAUUUAACAAAAAAAAACUACAUUUCCUCUCGCUGUGCGCUAUUUAUACAAAGUUACACUACAACCCCAUAUUUAAUUCAAUUUAAUUUUUAUUAUUUUAAUGUUUUUAUCAAACGUUCUUAUAUAUUAAUACAAGUUGUGUUAGCAUAAAAUGCAAAAACUCCCUAUCUUAAUCAUAAAUUCUUUGUAAGAUAUAAUUUUUACCAUAAAAUUGACUAGAUUAAAUAAAAAUCAAAUAGAAAACAA